AUGUCAGCAAGGCAACAGGCACCUGCUGUUGCUGGGUCUUCAUCCAGAACAGAAGUCACAAAUGUCACCUCUGUACCAGUUACAUUGACCCUACGAGGUGAAGGGGUUUCUUCGCGGCGCCAAGUGAGUUGGACUGAUGACGUAAUUGAUAAUGAGCAUAUGAACAAGAAAAAGUCAAAGAGUAAGUAUCAUUCAGUUAUUCAUUCCUAG